AUGACGCGCACUGAGCCUGCCCAUAGCAACAUGUCCUGGGAGACAAAGAGUAUUGCUGCCACCGAUGAUGGCAACCGAAUCGAAUCGGUCGGCCAGGAUAACCGGCCUAGAGGGCGAAUUCGCCGGUCUAUGACUGCCUGCAAUACAUGUCGUAAGCUGAAGACCCGGUGCGACCUGGAUCCCCGUGGCCAUGCUUGUCGUCGCUGCCUUUCACUCAGACUCGAGUGCGAACUGCCGGAAACUCAAGAUCGCUUCUUCCAGGACAACGUGUCGACAUGGUCUGAGGCUAAUGCCGCCAUUCCCUCGAUCGAGGAGCGACUGGUCUCGCUGGAACGCGGCAUGGGCGAGAUGAUAAACUUGAUGCGGCAGAUGGCUAAUCAGUCAUCUAAUGCUUCGGGCAGCCCCAACUCGCAUGUAGCCAGGAGUUUGGACGACUCGUCAAGCGAACAUGGCCAGGUGCCCUCAUUUUCGCUCAAACCGGUCCAACUCAUUCGAGAUCUGCAGAUGGAGUGUUUCAACGGGCGUGAUAAUUAUCCAACUGAUGUCGAUCUCCUGGGCGACAUUGUUUCCCAGGGAAUUAUAGAUGCUAAAUUGUCCUUGAAGCUUAUUGAACUCUUUGUGGAAUAUUUCGGCCCUUGGGUUUCAAUAGAUCUUUCAUCCGGCAUCCAGCGGACAGAUACGCUCCUCUUCAACACUGCCUGCUUGUUAGCUUCUCGGUAUUUGCCAGGCAUGCCUUCAAAUACCGUGCAUGAGAUCUCACUUCAAGUGCAACAUGCCGUGACCAAAGCUUUGUGGCGCAAAACACCCUUGUCUAAUGACUCCCUCCAGGCGUUGGCCCUUCUUUGUCUAUAUCCUACAUCCAGCCACAAGGAGGGAUUUAUGGAUGGCUGGUUGUUGAGCGGGAUCUCAAUAAACCACGCCCUACUAUCAUUCACUUUUCUCAACCAACCAUUUGAUAAAAGCAUUUUGAGCGACGAGACUCUUUCUGCUCUCGGCUACGGUCGCUCGAUCAACGUGCAGCCGCAAUACCUCGACCUCUGCACCCGAAUUUUAGAUCAUCCCAGAGCCACUUCCGAAGAUGGAAGAAUCCUUGCAGAAAUUCAACUCUACCGCAUUGCAAUGAAGCUCCAAAAUAACCCCCAUCGGCUCCGGUUUGUCGAGCCUGAAUAUGAGGAAAUCGAGCGUUGGAAGAUGGAAUGGGCACAUCUUCUCAGUAAGGGCCCUCUCUCAGCUUCCUACGAGUGCAGCCAUCUAAACAAGGAAACAGAUAAUGAAGGUUCAUCAACACUCGAACUAAGCCUCUGGUUCAGUCAACUUCUCCUUCAUCGCACAGCAACCCGCCUCCAACCGGAAUCCGACCGCCUAGCGCCCGAGAUAUGCAGCAACGCGCGUCUGAUCAUCUCUCGCUCCCUGCAGACCCGCUUCUCUGCCGCGCCGGGAUUAAUAGAUAAUGUAUACUACAUCCUCGGCUACGCUGCAUUGACACUAUGCGACUACAAUCCCUCCGACCCAUUAAUUGAUCAAGUGCGUUCAUUCCUUCUGCAUCUCGCUCCGAACAGCGAUCACAUUGCAUAUCGGAUCGCCUACGUCGUCAGCGAAGUCCAGCGCCGCUAUGGAGAAGCUUCGGACCCGACUUCCCCUGCCGCAGAUGUCAUGAAGAGUAAUCUCUUCGCUGCGCCACGCACAGCGAACAUCGAUCUGUCGACGCUAAUACCUGCGGGCUCCAUGGAGACUCUUGUGGAGGGAUAUGCGUGCUUUGAUCACCUUAUGCCGACUGAGUAUGUCCCACCGCAGCCGACGUACCAAACUCAGAAUAUGUUUCAGCCGCCUACGCAUCCCACUGGUGGGUCGAUGCCUGUGGCCUUGGUACCAAGGAUGAUUCAUGACUUUUGA